AACGUCAUCACAAAAUGGCGGCUUGAGGCGAACAAGGCUCCAUGUCCCCAUGGCCGGCUUCAGGGCUGUGCGACCGAGCAGGGCGUCACGCCGACGAGGAGCCUCCCGCCGAGUGGGUCGCCGGGCUUGCCGUUCUCUUUCCGCGCGAGCCAGGGAGGCUGCUGGAGCGGCUCAGCAUGGCCCCUGCCGCAGCCAGGGGGCGAACGUGGGACACUCUCUGCGGGACGAGCCGAGCUCCAGCGCCCUCCCUUGGCGCCCCGGGGGCUGGGCUGGGCCGGGCCAGGCCGGGGGUGUGAGCGAGUGAUCCGCACCAAAAUGCGCCGAUAUCUCUGCCGGCCGCGUGGUGCUCCGGGCGAAGGGAAGGGAAGGGGGCGCGACGCCGUCUCCUCCAACUUCGAAGGCGGGCCGCGGGGACACGGCUGGCAGCCGCUGUGGCUGGUGUUGCUGCUCCGACCUGCGCGCCUGCGCCUCGCCACCUCCGCCUCCCUGGCCGGGCUUCUGGGUGGAAAGUUAGAAGUGGUAGGAUGGAGGCGCCUCCUACCCCUCGAAAGGGCGGCACAGAUGAGGAGGAAACCGUUCCCUUGUGGCGGGGUCCCCCGUGCACACGGUGCCUGCUCCGGUGUGACAAAGGCCGGAUUGGCUGCUCUGCCGUACGGGCAGAGUGCCCGUCUGCUUUAAAUUCCUCAGGUGGAUGGGGCCGGCAUGGCACCCCUCCUCGCCCUCCCGCGGCCAGAACCUGGGUCGUCGUGUUCUUUAUUGUAUAGUUAACUUUAACUUUGUAAGCAGCUGGGAGACUUUCCUGUGACGAUGUGGGGUAGAAUUAAGCAAGUGAAUGGGGCUCAGCUAUAGUCUGAUGACACACCUCUUACUCCGGAGGCACACUGCAACGGUGGGGUUCAAGCCUAGGGUUAUUUACUCAGAAGUAAAUCUAUCGGUAUUCAGUGUGGAAUACAUUAGCCCAACAACAACAACAAGCUGCAGCAUUUCCAGUGUCAGGAUGCCUUUAAAUGGGACUUAGACAAAUAUUUGGAGGACAAGUCUAUCAAUGGCUACUAAUCUAGUGGCUAUCGGCCACCUCCAGCCUCAGGCAGGAUGCCUCUGAAUACCAGUUGCAGGGGAGUAACAGCAGAAGAGAGGGCAUGCCCUCAAUUCCUGUCUGUAGGCUUCCAGCAGCAUCUGGUGGGCCACUAUGUGAAACUGGAUGCUGGACUAGAUGGGCCACAGUCCCGAUCCAGCAGGGAUGUUCUUAAAGUGUGCCGUCAAGUCGAUAUUGACUUCUGACUACUCCGGAACCCUGUGGUAUAAAGAAGAAAAUUAGGCAGUGAAGAAUAUUAAUAUAUAGCAUGCCCAAAGAUCCACUAACUUACUUCAACAGUAACGUGGAGUGGAAAAUUUAACAUUUUGGGGAAAUUUGCAUCUGACACCACUGAACCAAAAGUCUUAAGAAAGGGGUGGUUGUUAGCUGGCCAUGAGAGGAAAAUGUUACACUUGGCUGAACUGAGUAGGUAGUGGCUGAAAUGAAGAGCUGGUCCUCUGGCAAGCAAUAGUAAUGGAGUAAGGGGAGAGUGAUGUUUUCGCCUUAUCAAGUAGGAAGUGUUAGGGGCAUAAUCUUCAGAUCUAAAAUGAGUUAAGGGUGGUUACAUUUAACAACAUCUGCCUUAUAUAUGCAUUCAAGAUAUGAUUCAGGCUUGAUUCAGAGAUGUGAAAGGCAGCAACUUCCGGAAAGGGAUGAGGCCCUUGAUUUGCCCUUCUUUCGUAACUAAGAUUGUGACUGUAUAAACUGUAGCAAGGUUAUUACUUUAGUAGGUGGAGUUUAUAAUUCUCAGAGAAGAUCAGGGGUUUGUGAAUGACCCUAAAUACAUCUUGGCAUUUGUUGAUUGUGUACUUGGGGAUUGUUAGUUUGAGGCUGCUUUACAAGAAUUCCAUGUGGAUGGUGUUGUAUUUCUAUGUAGAGAAUGAUAUGCAUGCAGAUCAUUGUGUGUGGUCUUAGCGUGGUGCAUCUGUACAUGCCUAGAUCUUUCACUGCAAUAGGCAGCAGCUGUGUCACUUCUAUAUUUACAACACUUGGUGUACUGGCAUUAAGUAUAUUCUCUUGCCUUCUCAGACCGAAUCAAAGAAGUUGUGUCCUGUCACCCAAAAUGCAGCAUUCCCAUCACUGUGAGCACCUACUGGAGAGACUGAACAAACAGCGAGAGGCAGGCUUUCUAUGUGACUGCACCAUUGUGAUUGGUGAAUUCCAGUUCAAAGCUCACCGAAAUGUGCUGGCUUCCUUCAGUGAAUACUUUGGGACUUUUUACAGGGAUACCUUGGAGAGUAACGUAUUUUUGGAUCAGAAUCAAGUGAAGGCAGAUGGAUUUCAGAAACUUCUGGAAUUCAUUUAUACGGGAGAUUUAAACCUUGACAGUUGGAAUGUUAAAGAAAUACAUCAGGCUGCCGACUAUCUCAGAGUGGAGGAGGUGGUCACUAAAUGUAAAAUAAAGAUGGAAGACUUUGCUUUUAUUGCUAAUCCCUCUUCUACAGAAAUCUCUAGUAUCACUGGGAACAUUGCAUUGAACCAACAGACUUGCCUGCUCACCCUUCGGGACUAUGAUAACCAGGACAAAACGGACACCCUUUCAGUGAACAUGGUUCAGCCCCCCGUCAUAAAAGCACCUCUGGAGAAGAAGUUCAUUCAAACCAAAAAGCGAAAGAAGGCCCUCAGUUCUGCCAAAAACCUGCCAAACAAGGCUGUGCAACAUCCAGGUGAUGUUGCGGAGAACUCUUCUGUGGAGAUGUUUUUAGAUGCAAAUAAGCUAGCCACGGAGAUAACAGAGCAAGCAGCUCAAGGUGGGGAUAAUUCUGAGCUGCAGCUUACAGCAGUGGUGGAGAGUGAAACUUUUGCUGCACAGGAGAUCCUUGUGCAGGCGAUGACAAUGAAAACCAAACGGGGGAAAUCACCUCAGGCUUGUGCGUUGAAAGAGCAUUGCUUGUCCAACAUUGCCAGCGACAAGAACUCUUACCAGUUGGAGACCUCAGGAGAGGAAUUGGAUCAGAAAUACUCCAAGGUAAAGCCAGUAUGCAACACCUGUGGGAAGGUGUUUUCUGAAGCCAGCAGUCUGAGGCGGCACAUGAGGAUCCACAAAGGAGUCAAACCAUACGUGUGUCAGCUCUGUGGGAAGGCCUUUACCCAGUGCAACCAGCUGAAAACGCAUGUAAGAACUCACACAGGUGAAAAGCCAUACAAAUGUGAACUUUGCGACAAAGGCUUUGCUCAGAAAUGCCAGCUGGUUUUCCACAGCCGUAUGCACCACGGAGAGGAGAAACCAUACAAGUGUGAUGCCUGCAACCUGCAGUUCGCAACCUCUAGCAAUCUGAAGAUCCAUGCCAGGAAGCACAGUGGGGAGAAGCCAUACGUCUGCGAUCGGUGCGGGCAACGAUUUGCCCAAGCCAGCACACUGACGUAUCAUGUGCGACGACACACGGGAGAAAAGCCUUACGUUUGUGACACCUGUGGGAAAGCUUUUGCAGUCUCAAGUUCACUCAUCACUCACUCAAGAAAGCAUACAGGGGAGAAACCAUAUAUAUGUGGUAUUUGUGGCAAAAGCUUCAUUUCUUCAGGGGAACUCAGCAAACAUUUUCGGUCCCAUACAGGUGAAAGACCAUUUAUCUGUGAGUUGUGUGGAAAUUCCUACACAGAUAUAAAAAACCUAAAGAAGCACAAAGCAAAGGUCCAUGCAAGUUCUGAGAACCCCCCGGAUCCCAUCACAGUUGACCAUUCCUUCAACGACCAAGAUUCCAUUCCACCUGAGAAAAGUCCUUUGCUGGAGUCCACUGAUGUAAAGCCUUCAGAUAUAGCAUUGCCCCUCCCCAUUGGGACAGAGGAUCAUCAAGUGCUAUUGCCCAUAACGGAUAGCCAGACUCCCCCAUCGGACACAUUGUUGAGGUCUACCAUCACUGGGUAUUCAGAACCUCAGUUUAUUUUCCUCCAGCAGUUGUACUGACAUCCUUUGUGUGAUGCGCACACAUACUCCCUUUGGAACUGGUAGGAAGAGCAUCUCAUGUAAAGUGAACGAAAUCAUGCAAGCUACAAUUGAGCUGGGCUUCAUCUUGGUUUCAAGUAGGGACAGCUGGGAAUGCAUCUAUGUUGUGAAACACAGUUUUUCUUAUAUUUUGUUAAUCUAGAAAAAAGAUUGUGGAUUUUUAUAUUUAAAAAUAUAUAACUCUUGCAUUUUCUAGAAGAUAGGAAUUAUUCAUUCUUUCAAAAACACCUGCCUUAAGAAUUAUCAGUUAAAUUACCGCCAGUGAGCUUUAGAGGGCUCCUUCCAUGUUCAUAGAGAAAGCUAAUCGUGCAUCAUGAAGGUGUUCAAUCAUCAAGAAAUUAAAUCCACAUUCCCAAUACUUCCCUGCCAGUUAACAUAUUUCAUUUUUAAAUCAGCUAACUUUGGGAAAGAAUGGGGAAGUCUCUUAUUUCCUUGUUAACAGCUGCACAUAAGGCUUUGUGUAUUCUACACCAAAGUAAUCCAAAUUAUGUGCUAGGAAAAUUUAAGUUGCACAGCGUGUAUGAAUUGUACAAAUAUGCAAAAUUCAUUCUCAGCUUCUCUGACACCCCCCCCCCCAAUAACUCAUUCUGCCAUGUCCCAGUUGCUGGAAAUCCAGGUGGGAAGUGAAUCAAACCCAAGGUCUGCUUUGAGUCAAGGUUGGUGGUGUCCACUAAAGCAGAACUUGUACUGUUGUAUGUUGUGCAAACUUGAAAUAAACUUCUGUAACUAGAAACCCAAAUUGCAGUUGGAAUAAGAUAUUUGCAUAUAUUCCACUUUGUAUAAGGAGCUACCUUGGCCUGCCUCUGCCCAAUUGUCCAUUUAGACUGAUAGAAAAGGGGUCUUCCUGAGCCCUACUGUCCAAGAUAACUGAAAUUCAUAGGAUUAAACUUGAAAGCUUUUUAGUAUGCAAAGCUUGUACUUUGCCAGUGGAUUAUGGCCUCUCUCACAUACAGUAUUCUUUUUUCAUUCAUGUUUUUCAGAAUAUUUGGGCACUUUUUUUCCUUUUUUUUUUUGCAUGACGGAGAGAGAAGGACUUGAAGAUUUGUCAAAGCUCUUUGUAACCGUGAGUGCUAGAAACCUGAUUUUUUUUUUUAAAAAAAGCUGUGAUUCUGAGGACUUCAAACUCUAUGCUUGACAACUUUUAUCUAGUAAACUCAGAGAUCAUCUAUCUGUCCCCACACCUUCAAGAAAGAUUGCAGUGCAGGUCAAACUGACCCAUAUGGGAGCAGUUAAUAGUUCUGGCCUCUUUCAUGCCAGUCCAAAUAUUUUGGUACAGCAGACGAUUCUGUGCCUGCUACGGCUCUUGAGGAUUCUUUUCUACCUGCCGUACAUAUGAUCAGUGCUGUCAGCUUUGAUAGAGCAUUCAUCACCUGUUCUAUAGUGGGAAGGUAAAAGGAAGAAGUUGGUUACCUAUAUGAAAUCUGGCACCCAUUUCCUCCAAACAGGUAACCAGCUGGCCAUGCCACUCAUCUGCUUAGCAGUGUGUGUGGUGCAGGAAUACCACACACUUCUCUGUAGCUGCCCUUUGCUCUUCUGGUAGGGUAAACCUAAGACAUGGGCUCCUGACGGUGUGCUCUUGGUAGGCACACAGGGAAAACCCAGCUACAAGGCUUGGUGUUCCCAAUGUGAUUUAAUGACAUCUUUACCAAGAAAGGAAGUCUGCUUGAGGCUACCGCAGCAUGUAGUUCUGCGGACUGAAGAAGUCUAUUCUAUAAUGUCCUCUGCUGAAAUUUUAUCAAAACACAUUAGGCGCAUCAAUGACUGCAACAUUUCCAUGUGUUCACUGUGUCUUCUUACAGCUGGUUUGAUCUUCCUCUUUGGUUGCUGGGCCUUGUGUUUUAAACCGACCAGCAAAAGGGUACUGAUUUUUUUCUCUUGGGCUCCUGUCACAGCAGCCAGCUAAGGCAGCAUCUCUUCUUGCUCCUUAUCUGGAUAUAUUUUCAGAAUAUGAUCCCAACAGCAAACUAGCUUCUAGAAAAACAUAUAGGGAAGCAUCCAGACUAGAUUAGUUAUGAUUAAGCAGCACUGAAGUCAAUGAGACACGAUAGUCAUUAUUAACUUAAUCUGGAUGCUAGUCAUGCUGUUCAGAAUGCAGAUUUCAUAUGAAUGUUUCUCUGUGUGUGACUUCUUAAAUUAUUUCAACUUAAAAGCAACCGUAUUCUUAGAUUUAUAAUAGAUCCAUCUUAGCUAUUUAAUAUUUAUAAAUGUAUUUUGUAAGGCUCAUUUAGUUGUCUUUUGUAUGCAGAUUUUAAAAUAGUUUUAUCUCCCCUUUUCUUACAACACUACACAGGCUCUGAGAGCUGAAAUUUAUUGCAGCAAUAAUGGAGAAAAUAGCACUUCUUUGAUUGCCGACUGAAGCCUUUACUAUGGCAUGUAGAAGUAUUCAGCUGUCAUAAGAUUUAUUUUAAAUAUACAACAAACCAUGUCCUCUGCUGAUGACAUAGUGGCGACAACAAUAUGAUCCAUAAAGGUAGUAUCUUGGUAAACACCACAGGGGUAUGUGUUACACAUCCCUUAUGUAGUUACUCCUCCUAAGUCUUUGGGGUUGGAAGGAAUAUGUAGCUUAACUUAGAUAUAAAUGGGUUAUCCAAUUGUGAAGAAGGGAGAAGAUGAGCAGGAAAUCAACCCUAUUAACUUGGGUUCUGUUCCAGUUCAGGUGCAUCUAUAUGUUAACACUCUAUUCAGUAACCAGUUUGGACAUUUUGAACUAGUUUAGAUACAUUUCAUGCAGAAUAAUCUCAAACUGUUUUGCUUGCAAUGGUAGCUGUAAACAAUGAAUACAAGAAUGAUGUAACUUGAGAUAAUUUUUUAAAGCUUAUCCUUGAAUUGUAUGUUAAGUUUUUGUUUUUUAAACAAACAGCUGUGAUGAUCAUACAGCUGAAAGCUGAGGGCCCAACUACUGAACCACUUAUUUUGAACCAGUUACAAUUUUUUGUGUUUAGUGGCUUAAUCAGGUUCAAGAUAACUAAGAUUUUAAGUUGGGGUUCAAUUUCAGUUCUCUGAAAAAGCCUCUGAUUUGGGGGUUCAUAGUUGGGUUGUUUGACUCCCUGGGAGUGAGGCAAGCAUUAGGCCAGAGGCAGGCAAUGGGUGACUCUACAGUUCUUAUUCAGCAACAUCUGGAAAGUUGUGGCUGGAAGUGAUGGGAGUUGUAGUUCAGCAGCAUCUGGAGAGCUGCACAUUGCUUACCCCGCCUUAUAGCUGCUCUUGGCCUCAACCAGAUAGAAAAGGGUUACUUUUUCUUCUAUAGCUGCUGGUUAUCUCCCUGACAUGAGCUAAAGAGCUCCUUAGCCGCCUCCUUUCUCUGCCUUUUCUAUGCAGCUUUCCAAACAUGCCCACUUUCUGCCUCCCUCGCCUUAUACCUGAGCAGUUUAUUGCUCAAGGAGGCUUCCCUCUAGUUCAAGGGAACUGCCCACCUGAGUGGGGCAGAUAGCUUGUUUCCUAUCCUUCCAUCACCCCUCUGUCGUGGACUUUGUUCCCCUAUCUGGGGGCUUCAGGAAGGUGGUAGACCUGAACCCUCAUACAAGCCAAAUAGUCCAUCAUUUGCUCUGACUUGCUGACUCUGGUACGCAGAGUUGCCAGAACCUAAGGGGUAUACUCGUGGGCCAAAUGGGCCAUAAGCCAGAAUUUGGCUUUUUAAAAGCCAAAUCUGGCCACCUAGGUACGCACAUGGGAGCUUGGAUGCAGACCCAAAGUUCUGUCUGCAUUGGGGCUGCCCUGUUCUCUUCAAAGGGAUAAUGAUAAACCUCUCUUCAUCCAGUAUGAGCCCAGAUCUUAAGCGCUUACUUCAAAUGCUCCACUAGUUUUACUAGCUUAACAAUCCCAAAUUUGGGAGUGGUCUGAGGAGCUAUUGUGAGUUUAGGGAAGAACCAGUAAUCUCUGGCUAAACUUAUUUCUGAAAUAUUUUCUCAGAUAAUACACACUUUUCUUCCUCUGUGUGUGUGUGUGUGUGUGUGUGUGCGUGCUUUGCCUCCUGCUUUUAUACUUCCCUGCAAGGGUUUGUGUACAUACUUGACUUGCAAUAUUUUAAUGUUAGACUUGAAUAAAACUUGUUUUGUAACA